CAGCAUGAACCGCUACCAGCCAGCAGUGGUGAUCGACAACGGCUCGGGGAUGAUCAAGGCGGGCCUGGCUGGGACCCGGGAGCCCCAGUUCGUCUACCCGAACAUUCUGGGCCGGACCAAGGGCCACAGCACUUCGGUGGACUGCGGCGAGCUGGGCCUGUGUGUAGGCGAAAAGGCACACGACCGCAGGAGCUUCCUGUCCAUCAGCUAUCCAGUAGACCGGGGUCUCAUCUCUUCCUGGGGAGACAUGGAGAUCAUGUGGAAACAUAUCUAUGACUAUAACCUGAACCUGAAGGCCAGUGAUGGCCCGGUCUUGGUUACAGAGCCUGCGCUGAACCCAAUGACAGACCGGCAACACAUCUCCGAAGUGUUUUUUGAAAAUCUGGGAGUCCCUGCCUUCUAUAUAUCUGUCCAGGCCGUGCUGGCUCUCUUUGCUGCUGGCUUUACUACUGGCCUGGUGCUGAAUUCAGGAGCGGGGAUCACUCAGUGCGUGCCCAUCUUUGAAGGUUACUGCCUGCCCCACGGUGUAAAGCAGCUAAAUGUGGCAGGAUUUGACCUCACCACCUACCUGAUGAUGCUGUUGAAGGAUGAUGGUGUCGCGCUGCUGAGAACCGGGGACAGAAAGAUCGUUGCGGAAAUUAAGGAGAACGCCUGUUAUGUGGCCAUGGACUAUGAGGAGGAAAUGGCCAAGGAACCGAGCCUAGAGAAAACCUACACCCUUCCUGAUGGGAAGACUUUCAAACUCCAUGAGCCAGUGUUUCGCUGCCCGGAGGCCCUCUUCUCUCCAUGGCUUGUGAAUGUUGACGAACCUGGCAUCGACAAGAUGUGCUUCAGCAGCAUAAUGAAGUGUGACACAGAUCUCAGGAAUUCCUUCUUCUCCAAUAUCCUCCUCUCCGGAGGAUCAACCUCGUUUCCUGGUUUGGAUAAGCGACUCAUUAAGGAUGUGGCAAAGCUGGCACCUGCCAAUACCCCUGUGCAAGUUACAUCUCCCCCGGAGCGGAAAAUAUCAGUGUGGAUGGGAGGGUCUAUUCUUGCAUCCUUGUCUGCCUUCCAAGACAUGUGGAUCACGGCUGCAGAAUUCGAAGAAGUUGGGCCCAAUAUAGUACACCAAAGAUGCUUCUGAAAUGCAGACAAAAUGAGAAGUAAAAUGUGUUGAGUGUGCACAGCAAAACACUUUGGAUAUUCUGAUUCUGGGAGAACAACAACAACAACAAAAAAAUAUUUCUGUUAUUGGGGUGGCCACUUUCUUUUUAAAAAUGUUUUGGUAGCUGUGGGGACUGAGUUUCACUCAUACUAAGUGCUCUGCCACUGAGCUAUAUUUCCAGCUCUCUUUUUUACUUUAUGUUUUCAGACAGAAUCUCCUGCUAAAUUGCCUAGGUUGUACUUAGACUUGUAAUCCAGGUAGCUGGGAAUACAGGCUUGUAACUUUGGGCCUGGCUCUCUUGAAUGAUUAUGACAGGGCAGGAAACAAUGUAAUCCCGUGUUGUAUGAGAUAAUUUACAGCACAGAAACUGCAGAAAACAGCCAAGGCUACACAAGAGAAACCCUGUCUCAAACAACAACAACAAAGUCUUUUUCUUUCUUUCUUUCUUUCUUUCUUUCUUUCUUUCUUUCUUUCUUUCUUUCUUUCUUUCUUUCUCCUUCCUUCCUUCCUUCCUUCCUUCCUUCCUUCCUUCCUUCCUUCCUUUCUUUCUUUUUUCCUGGAGACAGGGUUACUUUGUGUAGCCUUAGCUAUCUUGGACUCACUUUGUCGAUGAGAUUGGACUCGAACUCACAUUAUCAACCUGCCUCUGCCUCCCUGAGUGCUGGGAUCACGGGUGUGCCAUGGUCAGAAAGUCGUCCUCUAGUCUAACUUGAGCUCAUUUCUAGACUUAGGGAUUUCCUGAGAUCUAACAAGUGUUACUUGUCCAUAAAAACACAUCAAAUGUGUUUAGAGGAAGCAUUAUUCCUGACUUUUCCCUUGGAAAGGGAGCAAUGUACAGUGCUUUAUUUAUUUAUUUAUUUAUUUUUGAUGACUAUCUUGGUAUGGGAGUCCUUGCUGGACUAGCAUCCUGUAACCCAAACUGCUCUUGAACUUCAGUAACUUCUUUCUUGCCUCCACCUCCUGAUGUUGACAACACAAGUCUACGCCACUGACCUAGCUUAAAAUACUCUUUGUCAAAUGAAUAAGAUUUUAAGGCUAUUGAGGUUUAAGGAAGAAGGUUGCUGUAGGAAGGAGAAAUGACUCCAUAACUGGCGUCUAUCAAGCACAGCAUGAUAUUAGAACAGGAGGACAGAGAAUGAGCUAUUCUGACAAUGUGGGGUUGCAUGAACAUUAGACAAUGAACAAAGCAUAUAUCCUAGGUUGUAGUGGAUUGAGGGGUGUGACCAGAAAGGUAAAUUAAGCCUAAGAAUGGAAAGUACUGUUAUAGGGAGCCAAAGACGACCACUCAGACACAAUUUAUGGCCAAUUGAAAGUCUUUAUUCUAGAUUUCUGGGAUUACACUGAGGAUUCGGGUCCUAAGUGCCCGGAGCGUGGGGUUUUUGAAAGCAAAAAAAAAAAAACGAAAACAAACAAA